ACCCCUUUAAUGAACAUGUCAAGAGUCUUUCUACCUCUUGUGCCAAUUAUGUUCUUUAACUUUAUACAUACGACUAAAUAACGCAAAAAAAAUAUAUAUUCACAAGUGUCAAACCCCACUCGUUUAGGCUUAAGGCAUUGCUUGCUGCCAAUUCACCAUCUGCCGUAAACCGAACACGCACUGCAGUAUUCCAGUUUGUGUUUGAAUUGAACUAUGAGGAUGUGGAUUUUGUUUAUCAAUAUUUUUACAUUUACUGUGUAUUUUGCUGGGAAGUAUUCAGCAUCUGCUCUUCAAGAUGUAACAACUGACUUGUUCGGGUCUGAAAAUCAUGGCACUGUGGCUGCUUUUGGUGAUUUCAACUCGGAUAAACAGACAGAUAUUUUCAUCAUCAGAGAACAAUCUGAGUUGGUGAUAUUCUUGGCUGAUCUGAAAGCCCCAUACUUCAAGCCAAAAGUACAUAUCACUAAAAAGGAUUUGCCUGUCAAUUGUAUCAUAACCGGUGUUGUUCCCGGAGACUACGAUGGAGAUUCUCAGAUGGAUGUGCUUCUUACAGUUCAGCUCAAGACCAAGGCCACCUCAGACACAAUGGCUGUUGUUUUCUGGGGAAACAACCAAACCCUGGAUGAACAAGUUGACCUUAAUAAGACAUUUGUGGACCAACCUCUGAUAAUGGACUUCAAUGGGGACAUGAUUCCAGACAUCUUUGGGGUUUCUGCUGAUUUCUCCACUGAAGUCUGCUAUCUUACUGGAAGGAACGCAGUGUGGCAGCCAGCUCUUAGUUCACCUGUCAAGAUACGUAUUCCUCAUUCCAAUGCUUUCAUCGACCUAAAUAAGGAUUUCACCGCCGAUUUGUUCCUCACAACCCAAGUUGGCAAUGGUCUGGGCUUCGAGACGUGGAUUAAUAAGGAUGGGAACUUCACCAAAACCCAGCCCGGAAGUAUACCAGAAAAUGUCAAGAAAGUUGGCCAGUCUUCUUUUGUCGACUUUAAUGGAGAUGGGUUCCAGGACCACCUUCUUCCAGUGUGUCUGGACGAUGCAUGCCACAGGAGUGCCAUCUACCUUUCUAAGCCCGGGGAACUUGAGUGGGUGCCAGUCCUGACCGAUUUCCAGAGGAGGGAGACUCUCUGGGGCUUCGUGCCCCCCCAGACCACCCCUCCUGCUGGGGAGCUCCACAACCCCAUCACUCUGCACCUGGGAGACUACAACAUGGACGGCUUCCCUGACGCCCUGGUCAUCCUGCGCAAUACUAGCGGGAGUGGUCAGCAGGCCUUCCUCCUGGAGAAUGUUCCGUGUGACGACGCCAGCUGUAAGGAUGUGGGCCGCAUGUUUCGUGUCCACUGGGACCAGUCUGACCUGGGGGCCAUCCCCGGGGCCGCCGUGGCCACCUUCUUCGACAUCUAUGAGGAUGGAAUAUUGGAUAUGAUCGUGCUCAGCAAAGAGGAGGGGAAAGAGGGCUUCGCCAUCCACGCUUUGAAGAACAACUUUGAAGCCGACGCGUACUUCGUCAAAGUGAUUGCGGGCCAGCUGAGCCAGUCGGCCCACCUCUCCCUGCAGCUGCCUUACACCGUCCUGGGUCUGGGGCGCAGCGCCAACUUCCUGGACCAUCUGUACGUGGGUAUCCCCCGGCCCCUCGGGGACAAGGAUGUAAGGAAGCAGGAGUGGACAGCCAUCAUCCCCAACUCGCAGCUCAUAGUCAUUCCAUACCCACACAACGAGCCCCGCAGUUGGAGUGCGAAAUUAUAUCUGACCCCCAGUAACAUAGUCCUGCUGACCGCCAUCGCUCUGAGCGGAGUGUGUGUGUUCAUCCUAGUCAUCAUUGGCAUCCUCCACUGGCAGGAGAAGAAAGCGGACGACCGGGAGAAGAGACAGGAAGCACACCGGUUCCAUUUUGAUGCCAUGUGAAGGAGCACAGGAAGAGAUGGACCAUGGGAAAAAAGUCAUGCCAGCUUUCUGUUUUAUUUAUUUUAUUUAUGUUUGCUGGUCGAUGGAAUUGUUUAUUUAUUUGAUCCCCUCGGGCUCUUGACGAUGAGCCAUUUAAAGUGUUUAUAUAUCCAUUAGACAUUAUCAAAUGUAAAAGAGACAGACAGGUUACUUCUGGCAUACUUGCACAGUUUUGGCAUACUUGCACAUUUCAAGGGCCAAAAUGAUGGAUGAACUCAAAUCUAAACAGGACUACUGAGUGAAAUUACACUGAGUUAUAUCCCAGUUUACUUUUUUAGUCAAUGGUUUGGCUCAGCUCAUUAUGUAUGAUUGUCAAAUGGGCACUAACAGUUUACGUCAUGAAUUUUGCAAUAAUGUUCAAUCCAAGCCAUCCUGAUCUGCAAAACACAUUACCGAUGUGUUUGUUUUGGGGGAAGCAUUGCUAUUGUAAUUCUACUUGAAUAUUUAUGUCUGUAAACGCAUUGUCUUCCUGUAUGUCAAUCUGCAAAGGUUAUUGUUUUCCGUGGACUGUUAUAGCACGAUUCAUCCAUCGUGCUGUACUGUAUAUAAUGUACAUGGUCCAUAAUGAGGGGUUACUGUAUGUGUCAAGUUCAUUUUGUAUUUUUCCUCUCCUUUUUUCAAAUUCCCCUCCAAAUCCCUGACACAAUGUCUUAUCCUUGUUUGACCGUUCCCACUCUCCCACUGCCGUCACUCACAGUGGUCUUGGAAUGGCCUGUACUACUGAGCACUCUGGUUUGGUCAUGUCCUUAGCUUUUUAGUCUUUCUCACUCUUAAUAAUCGUGUUUGUCUCGCAUGAUAAACACAGUGUGUUUUUGGAGUUUCAAACCCUUAUGUGUUCAUUAAAAACUUACAUGAAACUGUGGCGGUCAAUUGAAGAAUGGUCCACAUAACACUUAAACUACUUCUACUUACAAGGGGAAGUAUGUUUGUUCUUUAACCAACAGGAAGUGCAAUCAUCAAUAUUAUCACCAAUGUCAAGUUUCUUCUAUUAAUCAUUCUAUUUCAUUUGGAAUUAACGUGGGGCACAUGCUAUCAUCUCAUGUCUGUGGUUUGAACUUUUUUUUAAAUAAUGAUUCAUAGUGAUCAGUCUAAUUGAUUGUAUUUUUGUGUCUGUGUGUGGAUUGUGAUUAUAAUCUGAAAUGUUCAACUGAAGUAUGAUCAUUUCUGUUGAGAAUGUUUAUGGGAUGAUGGGUUGAGAAUUAAAAGUGUUUAUCGUGCUUAA